CGGCAAGCAUUGAAUAACGAAAAGGAAAGAAAAUUUUUAUUAAUCUGUAAAUAAUGAAAUAAAAUUGUGUUUGCCGGUAUUAAAAUGGUACAAUUAUUCAAUUUUUUGUUAAAAUCUAUUAAAAAGCCUCCUCGUGCUCAUAUGAGAGGAGGCAAUGUUUUUCUAGACACAUUACGGCUGACGGUUAAAGGUGGUCAUGGUGGCAAUGGCAUUCCCAAGUAUGGAGGCAUUGGUGGUCAAGGCGGCUGUGUGUACCUAGAGGCCAAAGAGGGGGUGACCUUAAGAUAUUUAACACAACGCUAUAAAGAAAAACGUGCUGUGGCCUCCAGUGGCGAAGACAGCAGUAAAGUAAGGAUAUUGGGUAGACGUGGCUUAGAUGAGAAAAUUGAGGUGCCAGUUGGCGUACAAAUAUUUGACGAAUCGGGAAAACUAAUCGCAGAUCUGAAUGAGCCAGGUGCUAAAUGUAUAGCUGCCGGUGGUGGUAUGGGUGGCUGUAGUGGUACAAAUUUUUUGGGAAAGCCAGGAGAACAUAAAACCAUUAACUUGGAUUUAAAGCUGAUAGCAGAUGUUGGUUUGGUUGGAUUUCCGAAUGCGGGAAAAAGUACUUUUCUAAAGGCCAUAUCCAAGGCAAAGCCAAAAAUUGCUUCAUAUCCAUUUACCACCAUAAGACCUCAAGUGGGAACAGUAGAUUACCCCGACCUACGUUCUAUAACUAUAGCCGAUUUACCGGGACUUAUAGAAGGUGCUCAUGCCAAUUUCGGCAUGGGUCAUAAAUUCCUCAAACAUAUCGAACGCACCCGCCUGCUUUUAUUUAUGGUUGAUAUUUUUGGCUUUCAAUUAAGUCCCAAACAUGAGCCCCGAAAUUGUUUACACAACAUAUAUGCCCUCAACAAAGAGCUGGAAUUGUAUGAUCCAACACUGUUGGAUAAACCUUGUGUGCUUUUGCUUAACAAAAUGGAUUUGGAGGGAUCAUCGGAUAUUUUGAAGAGCCAAAAGCCUUUUAUAAAAAAUUUGGAAGAAAAAUUGGAUGAAUGUCCUCAAGAAAUACGUCCAGAGAGAGUUAUAAAAUUUGAACGUGUUCUGACAAUAUCCGCACAAAACUCUGCCAGAAUUCAAGAUGUUAAAAGAGAAUUACGCAGAGUUCUAGAUGAACAAGCGGAAAAAGAGUUGGUGCCUGAUGAUGAAGAAAUGAAAGAAAUGCUUAGAAGACGAGUGGGAGAACGUGGUCCUAAAAUCACAUGAAGGGCAAAGGAUAUAUGUGAAUAAAAAAAAAAUAAAAUAAUAAUGGUAUGGUGUA